CAAAUGUAAGAAGGAAUGAAUCAUGGGGUUGGAGAAGAAGAAAACUUUAAUUUUGCUACCAGAAAAACAUUCUCUCUCUUAAAAAGCUAAAGACUGUGAAGCUGCUCUCUCUUUUCUUUUAGAGAAAAACAAGUAAAAGCUGAUUGGGUCUCCCCAAAAAGUUUUCCAUUUUCCAUUAUAUAUUUAUUGUCUCCAUGGCAGUAAAUGCAGUUCAAACCUUCGUUUUCCACUUCAAUAUCUCUCUUCACUUGAAGUCCAAAGCUUCAAAACCUUUUCUUUGAACAAACCUCCCAGCCAUUGAUCACUGUCUAAAUUCAGAUUCUUAGCAACUCUUUCUGCAUUUCAUUGAAUAAUAAUUUCCGAGUUUUCUUCCAUUUUCUUGAAAAUAUUUACCUCCUGAUCUGAGAAGCGAUCCAUGUCUUCCGAUAUUAGCUAGACCUUUUAAUUUCGGGCCUCGCUCUGUUCCGUUCGGUUCUCGAUUGAAUCUUUUAGUUUUCUGAAUCUAAGAGUAACUAAUCCAUGACGAAUCUUGCUCAAAUUUCUGCUGAUCCCGCUACUUCACUUCUGUGUCACUGAGUUCUGUAGUUCUCGACUGAAUUUGAAAAUUAGGGUUUCGUCAAGCUCUUUUUUUCGAAAUAUUCUUCUUCAGGGGAGGAAUGGGAACGGACAAUUUGUUAUUGGCAACAGUCGGGCCGCCAAUAAAGCCGAGAGCAGGAUUACGGAGGAAACAAGCAGGGAGAGGAUCAUAUAGAGGAAGCUAGGCGGCAUUCAGAAUAGAACCGAAAAUUUAGGGUUGGGGGGGGGUGCUUUUUGUUGGUUAAUUUGGGGAAAUUUUUCUUUAUGACUGACAAACAAUCUGAAGUUUCAACUAUGGAGGAGAUGAGUACUGACUUGCAGCAGAUUCUGAGAAGCCUCUGUUUGAAUACUGAUUGGAAGUACGCCGUCUUCUGGAAGCUCAAACAUCGAGCUCGAAUGAUGUUGACAUGGGAGGAUGCUUAUUAUGAUCAUUGUGAGCAAAAUUCACAUGAUCCUCUUGGUUUGGCUGUUGCAAAAAUGUCAUAUCAUGUAUAUUCCCUGGGAGAAGGAAUUGUUGGACAAGUAGCUGUUACUGGGAAGUAUAAGUGGAUUUUUGCAGAUAACCAUGUUGGUAAUUCCUGCUCAUCAUUUGAGUUUCGUGAUGGGUGGCAAAGUCAAUUUUCAGCCGGGAUCAAGACAAUUGUUGUUGUAGCUGUUGUUCCACAAGGAGUAGUACAACUUGGCUCUUUGAACAAAGUCACCGAGGAUGAGAAGCUGGUGACCCAUGUCAGAGAUGUCUUUUAUGCCCUUCAGGAUCCCUUAGUAGGACAUGUUAAAAAUUUAGUACAGCAGAGUAUGAAGAGUUCAGUAAGUCUGUCAAAUUUACCAGCAAAAACUUUAGCUUCAGAAGUUACCGAUAGCUUAUGGUCCAGUGCCCAUCCCAAAAAAACCGUUGAAGUGGCUUGUAAGCCCGCAGGGAUGGAGAUAUCUAUGUCAGAGAGUGAAGAAGGUGCCAACUUACUUCAGCCAGGAGGAAAGGUUGUCAAUAUGAAGUGUGAGAAUCAAGUAGAGAUGAAUUUCAUUAGCUCUGGAUUUUAUGAAGGGGAGACUAGUGGUUGGAAAGAUUUGACUGUUAGAUCAGGACACAGUCUGAACCUUCAUUCAAACAAUUCUAUUACGAAUGACAUAAGUUUAUGUGAUUUUGCACUUGAAGCUGAAAAAUUAAAAGUUGAUCGCACAUGUUUCGCUUCCGCCAUUCUUGAUUCUGCUGUUUGUGAUCCUGUUAAAAUGGACGGGUCAGAGUCUUAUCAAGAUGGAAUGCCUUCUGUGGCCAAAUCUUCCAAUCUGAAAUUUCAGAAAGAUUCAGAGGAAUGCAAAAGUCUAAGUAAGUUGAGCCAGUUAGAUUCUGCAAACUUAGCUUUUAAGUACUCAGCUGGCUGGGAGCUGCUUGAAGCACUAGGGCCAGCAUUUCAGAAACAAAGUAACUAUGUUGAUUGGGAAAUAGACAAGGCUGAGUCUGUAACAUUCACUGAGAUGACAGAGGGGAUGAAUAGUAGUCAGUUGACAUUUGAAUCUGGCUCAGAAAAUCUUCUAGAAGCAGUAGUGGCUAAUAUUUGUCACAGUAGUAGUGAUGUUAAAAGUGAGAGAUCAUUUUGUAAAUCAAUGCAGUCCUUGUUGACAACAGACGAAAUGGCAGAAUCUUCUGGUUAUACAAAGCAUACUAUUGACUCGGCAGGCUGUCCAAUUAACCAGUCCCACUUUAUAGAUGGAGAUAUGCAGCAACAUUCAUCAGAAAUAUGUGGUGGAUUGCCAUCAAGAGGGUAUUCAUCAACCUGUCCUAGUAGCUGCAGUGAACCAUUGGAUAUGUCCUCAGAGCGAGCUAAGAACAGUAGAAAAAGGGCUAGACCUGGAGAAAAUUCUAGGCCUAGGCCGAGGGAUAGACAACUUAUUCAGGAUCGUAUCAAGGAGCUGAGAGAGCUUGUGCCUAAUGGAUCAAAGUGCAGUAUUGAUUCUUUGCUAGAGCGCACAAUCAAGCACAUACUUUUCUUGCAAAGCAUCACUAAGCAUGCAGAUGAGCUCAGUAAAUGUUCUGAAUUGAAGAUGCAUCAGAGGGGAACAGGAUCCUCUAGCUAUGAACAAGGUUCAACCUGGGCAGUGGAGGUGGGAAGCCAUCUUAAAGUUUGUUCAAUAAUUGUGGAGAAUCUAAACAAAACUGGACAGAUGCUUGUGCAGAUGUUGUGUGAGGAAUGCAGUCAUUUUCUUGAGAUAGCUGAAGCCAUUAAAAGCUUGGGCCUAACAAUCUUAAAAGGUGUCACAGAAGCACACGGUGAAAAAGACAUGGAUAUGUUUUAUGGUUUGAGGGGCAAGACAACAAAGUAAUGCAUAGAAUGGAUAUCUUAUGGUCACUUAUGCAAGUUUUACAAAGCAAAAGUACAAGCUAGCAACUGAUAAAUUCUUGGGUAUUUGGAUCAUCUGUAAUAUAUAUUGAGAAUCAGAUUCUUCAUAUUUGAUUUGGUGCUUGAUUUGUGGCUU